AUGAAUCGCUCCAUGGAAGCUCAUGGCGAGCUCAAGUAACAAAAACGCGAUUUUUCCGCACAUCAAUCGAUUUUUCAGAAAACGCGGAUUCAACAUCGAGUCAUACGGAUCUGGAAAUCAAGUAAAAAUGCCCGGACCGGCACCUGAUAGGCCAAAUUGUUACGAAUUCGGUUCGACCACCUACGAGGACAUUUACAAAGACUUGUGUGCUAAAGACUUCAGCCUGUGAGUACCCUCAAUUAAUUUCGCCUUCAAUUGAUUACCUAUUUAUGUCUUAGGUACACAGGAAACGGUCUCUUAAGUAUGGUUGACCGCAACCGACGGAUAAAGUCUCGUCCGCAAAGAUUUCAAAACGAGACACGCGAGUUCGACAUCGUUUUGUGUCUGGAGGAAAGAGUUUUCGAUCAGGUGUCAGAAAAUUGUGCUCAGUUAUUUACUCAACUCAAAACAUUUAGAUAAUCGAUUUUCUGAAUCGAAGAGUCGGAACCACAGGAAAUCCAGUGCACGUCAUCAACAUCGACAUCGAGGAUAAUCCCGAUGAAGCCACGCUCGGAUCCUUCUUCGUCGCCGAACUGUGCGAAAACUCGAAAAGUGCGAAGAUUUCGAAAACGACAUCGAUCAAAUCAUAA